UUCAUAAUUGUCAAAGAAUUUCUGAUCAGUAUCAUGGAAUUACGAACUAUAUACUAAAAAAAGCAAAAGAAAAAGGCACUUUUGAUCAAUAUAAUUAUCUAGAAGUUGAAAAGCAAUUAUGUUAUUUUCAUUAUCUUAGCAUAAUUGAGCCUGAUCGCAAUAACAAAAAUAAGUCUCUAGCUAAUAAUGAAAAGACUAUAAUCAAGCUUGAAUCUUCUAUAGAAAUCGAUAAACUAGAUAGUUCAACAGAAGCUCUAUUAACUGAUGAUAAAAUAAAAAAAUUAAGCGACAACGAAUUAGUUAGUUUAAUUGAAAAACUAAAAAAAGAACUAGAAA